GGAGAGGUGAGGAGAGGGUCAGGUGAAGACCCAAGAGGGAGUGGACUGAGGGAAGCUGCCUAUACUAGGGGUCAGGUCGCAUCCUGAAUGAAAGGGCAAGAGUCUCCCGAUGCUUUGCAGUGUCUUCAAGUCAGUCACGGGAGGGCAGGAAGGGGCCUUGUGGCAGGGACGAGUCUAUCACACUGAUGCAAUCUGCUGCGUGGGAAAGCGCUAACAGCCUUUUGGGGCGAUGUUGAGGCAUAGAGUAAUGUAAACAUUUGAAAUUUACAGUAAAGUGUGCUUACUUAUGGCCUGAAGAGCAUCUGAAACAACAAGUUCUCUAGAGCACAAGUGUGUGUCUCCGGAAAGAGUGAGACACACUUCUUCCUCCGCCUCGGGAUAUCCUUAACAGCCGUUCCGCCCGCCGAGUACAGGUCAGCGGAAGCUCAUCCGCGCUGUGCAGGCUGGACUUCAUUACCCAGAAGGCAGCGGGACGGCAGUGGGCUUUGCCAAUGCCGGCACCGGAAGGGCGGGACCGAUGGCCUGUGCGACAGAAAGGACUUCCGGUGUCGGUGGAGUGAGGAGGCUACGUUUCCUGGGUUCUUGGUCCCUAAGCCGAGCCCGCUGGCAAAGCCGGAAGGUGGUGACCGUGGGGCAGCUCCGCGCCGCGUGGACGGGGAGGCGCCGGCCUCGGGAUGGCGGCGCGGGCGGAGGCGGCGCGGGUCUUGGUGACCUUCAGUGACGUGGCUGUUACCUUCACCCCGGAGGAGUGGAGACAGCUGGACUUGGCCCAGAGAACUCUGUAUCAGGAGGUGAUGCUGGAGACCUGUGCAAUUCUGGUCUCACUAGGGCACCAGGUUCCUAAACCAGAGUUGAUCUACCUGCCAGAACACGGACAGGAGCUGUGGACAGUGAAGAAAGGCCUCUUGCCUAGCACCUAUGCAGAUGACAGAGCACAACUUCAGACCAGAAUGCCAACCACCUGUUUCCCAGUUAAAUCUGAGGGAAUCUUGCUCCGGGGAAGGCUGACUCAGGAAGGGAUUUUGAAAAGGCAAAAAAGCUGUCCUAAGGAGACCUGUCCUGUGAGCACAUGUCCUGAAGAUGAUGGUUUGGAAACAGAUGGUGGUUUGCACCCCAGGGUGUUACAGGAGCAAACCCGUCCAGAUGUUCUCUGUGUACAUCCAGAUGACUCUCAGCGACCUGGGAAAGACACCUCAGUUCUUGCAGGGACGAACCCAUACAGAUGCAAGCAGUGUGGGAAAGGUUUUAGCAGGAAGUGGUAUCUUGUUCGACAUCAGUGGGUUCAUACCGGUCUGAAGCCCUAUGUGUGCAGUGCAUGUGGGAAAGCCUUCAGUCAGAACUCAACCCUCAUUCGUCACUACUUCAUUCACACUGGGGAGAAGCCAUACACAUGUGUCGAGUGUGGGAAGGCCUUCAAACGCAGGGCAUACCUGAAACAGCACCAUCCUGUCCACACUGGGGAGAAGCCCUAUGAGUGUGUGCAGUGUGGGAAGGCCUUCACCCACCGCUCUACAUUUAUUCGCCAUAGUAGGACACACACUGGAGAAAAACCCUUUGAGUGCAAAGAAUGUGAGAAAACCUUCACCAGUAAAGCACACCUGAUUCAACACUAUCUUGUUCACACUGGAGAGAAGCCCUACAAGUGCAUGGACUGUGGGAAGGCCUUCCGGUGCAGUGCGGAACUGGUGCAGCACCAGCGGGUCCACACUGGGGAGAAGCCCUAUGAGUGUGCCCAGUGCGGAAAGGCCUUCCACCGCAGCAUGUACCUGGUCCAGCACUUGGUCAUCCACACUGGGGAGAUGCCCUACAAGUGCAUUGAGUGUGGCAAGGCUUUCAAACGCCGGUCACACCUCCUGCAGCACCAGCGGGUCCACUCUUGAGGGAAACUUUGCAGUGCAGUGCAUGAGGGUUGUUCAUCACAUGCUACUUGUCUUUUGUCUUUGCUAGUGGGGCCCACAUGGAAGGAAAACCCUUGGAGUGUAAGGAAUGGUGGGAAGCAUCACUUUUAUUUCCAUAUUCUUUGGUCACUUCCACUAAACUUAUGAGCAGUGACAUCGGAGAAGAGCCCUGUGAGUGUUGUAAAUGUAAGAAAACAUCCAUUUCUGCUCAGUCUUAGGCAUCAUGGAAGGUUUCAGGUCAGAAAUGAGGGGAGGCUUUGUACCAAGGCAUCAACCUCAGAGAACUCAGGCUGAGGAAGACACUGAACCAUCUGCUUAUGACUCUCCACCAGAAGGAAGACCUUACUUCCAUCCUAGAAUCCCUAGUGUAGGAUUUCUGCAUAAUUGUCGCUACGAGAAACCUUUAUGACAGUGGAUCACUCACAUGUCCUGGAAAGCAUUGUGUUGGAAUCCAACUCUCUUUGGAAUUUGGCCUGUGGAGUCACAGAAGGCCUCAGCCUGCCAGUCUCCACGGUUAACAUGGGAAGCUGUCUCAGCAUCAUUUAGAAAGACAUAAGAGCGAACAAAGAGUGGGAGGAAAAGGUAUUCUGUUACAUCUCAUUCAGACUUCAUUGCCAAGCCUUUCACAGUUUUCUUCAGUUUUACUUUUGGUGGGAUGUCUGAGACGUUAAUUUUUAUGCAUGACCACAGUCCUGUGUCAGGAGAGUGGUAUUGUGGCAGCCCAUCAUUGUUCCAGACAUGACACGUGAGGAAGGCAGUACUUUCUGAGAGGUGAAGGGUUGAGUGAUGAGUGCUUGAACUUAGGAGAAAUUUGGGUACCACUUUAAAAUGUGCACUGCAUAACACUGUGCAAGGGUUUGCUUUUUUUUUUUUCUUAAAGGUUUGUUUUGGAAGACUAGAUGGGAAGAAUGAGGCGUAAUUGGCUUCUUUGGUUAGCACAAGAAGAAAGUGGGCAUGCAAGCAUACUAACAUGCUGCAGGGAAAAGUAAAAACACCUGAGGUUAAAUUUACAUGGGGAAGUACUAUGGAGGGUGGGAGAAAGAUGAAUCCUGUGGAGCUCUAAUUGCUUGUGCCUGUGUCUAAAUGAAUAAAGCGAAGAUAUGCCAGACAUUUGGAGCUCUAUGUUGGAGGGAGCCAUGACCCCCUUUGUCCCCCAGAUUUUAACCUGUUUCUGUGUCUUUAUUUUUCAUCCUUGUCACCACUUGGUCAGGUUCAGGCUGGUUCCUACAGGGUUUUUUUUGUUUUUUGUUUUUAAUAAACCCAUUCAUGUGAUUUUAA